CGUGGGCGACUGUCGGCUCGAGGCAGCUGCUGCAACUCUGGACACCUGUUGCUACGGAAACAGCAAAGGCGGGAAAAUUACCAACAAAAGAAAUCCGCUGCCCGGCCAGCUGUGUCCUCCUCUUUUUAAACUCCACACAGCUGUUAAAGACAGUCAGCCAUGUCGUCUACAGUGCUGCUGAAUCUGCUGCGUUGUGGUCGCUCCGCCGUCACCAGACAAACCUUCCUCGCCGUACGAUCCUCAUCAGAAACCUCCACAGCUCCUGGACAGGUGGGCGGGGCUUUGUUGGGCGUGGUGGGCGUGCGGCAGGCCAGUGGGUCGAUCCGCUUCGACAGUGACGGCAGCGGCCGCCCGGUGACCUGGGACUCCUUUGGAAUCUGGGACAACAGGAUAGAAGAACCAAUACUGCUGCCCUCCAGUAUCAGAUACGGAAAACCAAUUCCACAGGUCAGUCUGUCUCGGGUCGGCAGUGCAUCUGUUUUGGGUCUCAGGAAGCAGAAUGAGGACCGUCUCCGUUUCGCCCGUAUCAAUGACAACCUGUUGUACUUCGCCGUGUUCGACGGCCACGGCGGCCCGCACGCCGCCGACUACUGCUACACCUUCAUGGAGAAAUUUAUCAGAGACGCUUUGGUGGAGGAAGAGGACGACCUGGAGAAAGUUUUAAAGAAAGCCUUUUUAGACGCUGACAAAGCUCUGCACACACACCUGAGCUACUUCAACAACGCCUCCUUCCUGACGGCCGGCACCACGGCGACGGUUGCGUUGCUACGUGACGGCGUAGAGUUGGUGGUGGGCAGCGUCGGUGACAGCCGGGCGAUGCUGUGCAGGAAGGGACAAGCCAACAAACUCACCACAGACCACACACCUGACCGCGAGGACGAGAGACGCCGGAUCCAGAAGUUCGGCGGCUUCGUGACGUGGAACAGCGUGGGUCAGGCGAACGUGAACGGGCGGCUCGCCAUGACUCGCAGCAUCGGAGACUUCCACCUGAAGAACAGCGGCGUCAUCGCUGAGCCGGACACACAGCGGCUAAACAUCCAUCACGCCAGCGACUCCUUCCUCGCUCUGACCACAGACGGCAUCAACUUCCUGCUGAGCGACCAGGAGAUCUGCGACGCGAUCAACCAGUGCCCCGACCCCACAGAGGCGGCGGACGUCAUCGCCCAGCAGGCGCUGCAGUACGGCUCGGAGGACAACUCCACCAUCAUCAUCGUGCCCUUCGGAGCCUGGGGGAAACAUCAGAGCUCCACCGCCGGCUACAGCAUGAGCAGAAACUUCGCUUCAAGUGGGAGAUGGGCGUAGACGACGCCAACAAACAACAAACAACAUCACACAGUUUUUUUUUUUUCUUACUUGAACACAAACAUUUUCCAAACUCACAAUCAUGCAUAAACGUCCCUGACUCCACCUGACGAGGCCCCUCCCCCUCCGUAGUGCCGGCUUUCGUAUGAACCCUCCUGUGUUAGCUUCCAGCUGACUAGUCAUCCGUGUAUAUAGAGUGUAUAUUAAUAUAUUGUACAUACAGAGGGGUUUGCUGCAGUGUUUCUUCGUCGGUGUGUGUGCGUUGCAUCAUGUGCAUGUAGACGAAACAUUUUAACCUCCCUCAUUUAUUUUAUUUUUUAAAACCGACGACUUUUACUAUUUUACUUUAAGAAAUUCAACUUAAAUUAAAACGACUUGUGUAAAAAAAUACUUUUUUUUCCUUUCAGAUAAAAGUAAAAUGUCAUUUAAAAUUUCCUCUGAGGGAACAUUACUAUGUUGUACGGUGAUGAAAUAAACAACUAAAUUAAAGAACAAUUAAAGAACCAUGAAAUAAAAUGCAUCAUCGAGUCAGUACAUAUGUUUAGAACAUGUAUGAUGGAGCACAAACACCUGAAGUUGAAGAGAUUCCUCAGAUGUGGUUAUGAUUUAUUUUAUUUGUUUCUAAAGCAUCCUCAGACAGAUUUGAUGAGUAAUAAAUGAAAUCCGUACACCGUCAGUUUCGGCUAAAGUUUCCGUCCGCCUUAGAGACGGGGUAAAGGGGGGCAACUCGGGAGUAGAGCCGCUGAUCCUUGGUGUCUGAAGGAGCCAGUUGUGGUUCAGGCAGCUGGUUAGGACGCCUGCUCAGGACCUCAGGUCUCACCUGGCCUGGGAACGCCUCAGGAUCCGCCAGGAGGAGCCGGAAAACCUCUGGACUACUUCUCUUGAGCUGCUGCCACGGCGACCAGACGUCAGAUACGCAGCACAGUCAGACGUUUUGGUCAGGUGUCUCCUCUGAAAGACAAUGUUUCAUAAAAGACUUUAUAAAGGUUAAAAAAGUAAAAUGAGUACAGCACUAAAUGUAUCUAGAGCUCUAUAAUUGGAUCGUCCCUGAUGAAGCCGACUCACUGAAUCCUGCACUGGUGCAGAGAUGAAUAAAGUCCGACAUGUUCAA